AUGGGAGAGAGAGAAACAAAGAGUAGAGAGAGAAAGGGAGAAGAGAUGAACAAAUGGUUGGGGUUUUCUUUGACACCUCAUUUGAGAAUCUCCGAUAAAGUUCAAGAAGAAGAAGACGAAGAAAACUAUGUUGUGAGUAAUCAAGAAAAGGCUCUCUUGCCUCUAAAUUCGGAUGGUUCUCUCUUCUUCACUGAUCCUCUCACACAUCAUCCUUCUCCUGUCUGGCAAUAUGAUAUGAACAUUAAUCAUGAUGAUCAUCAUCAUGACGAAGAGGUGCCAAAGCUGGAAGAUUUCUUCUCCAACUCUCAUCAAACCGAGUGUAGUCCUAUAAACAGCUAUGACCAAACCAAUGUGAACUGCACCACAAUGGUUAAUAGAUUAAGCCCACCUGGUUACCUUCUCCACGAACCAACCGUAGCUUCACCACAACACUCGAACCUAAAUCCCAACUUUAACCAUGAUUAUGAAGGUUCGGUCUCGGUUUUCAAAUCUUGGUUAAUGCAAGACACUCCAACAUUUCCAGCCUCGAAUACUUAUGUUAGUGAAGAGGGUAGUACGAGCAAUACUAGUAGUCACGAAGAGACUGAUUAUUAUAACACAAGUGGCUCGACGUUAUUGUUGGCGCUGAGCCAUGGCGCUGCUUCUGAUCUGAUCAACGAGUUGAAUGUAAAUGUACCGGUAAAAGAACCGGUUAAGGUAGACGAGAAGCGAAAGAGUUUGGUCGGUAAAUCUCAGGUGAAGGAACCGGUUCCACCUAAGAAGUCGGUAGACAGUCUCGGGCAAAGAACUUCUCAGUAUCGUGGAGUUACAAAACAUAGAUGGACAGGUAGAUAUGAAGCUCACUUAUGGGACAGUAGCUGUAAGAAAGAAGGACAGACGCGAAGGGGGAGACAAGGAGGGUAUGAUGAUGAGGAGAAAGCUGCGAGGGCUUAUGAUUUAGCGGCCGUGAAGUAUUGGGGUCCUACCACUCACUUAAAUUUCCCUUUGAGUAAUUACGAAAAGGAGAUGGAGGAACUAAACAACAUGACUAGGCAAGAAUUUGUUGCCAUGUUGAGGAGGAACAGCAGUGGAUUUUCAAGGGGGGCUUCGAUUUACAGAGGAGUCACAAGGCAUCAUCAACAUGGAAGAUGGCAAGCUAGAAUUGGAAGAGUGGCUGGAAACAAAGACUUAUACCUUGGCACAUUUAGCACACAAGAAGAAGCAGCGGAGGCGUACGAUAUAGCAGCAAUAAAAUUCAGAGGAGUAAACGCUGUUACCAAUUUCGAUAUAUGCAGAUACGACGUGAAGAGAAUAUGUUCAAACUCUACGAUCAUCAACAGUGACCAGGCCAAACAUUCUGCCUCCAGCUCCGCCGGCCAAUAA